UGAACUGUCAUGCAAAGGGAAUCCAUUUUUUCGCUUGCUGUCAAACGAAAGCCAAACAAGAGAGGGAAGAAGAAGCGAACGCAAACUCUUCCAAAACCAAAAAUCUGCAAACAAUUUGGUGUGUAGCGAAAACAAAAGGAGAGGGAGCGAGUUUGGUUUUUCUGAUCGAAACAUCUGCCCAGCAUAUGUAAAACGAACAAGUAUUAAUCGCGAGUGUGUUUGUGCAAAACGCCGUACGCCAUAUCGAAUCUCCGAACAACCGAAUCUUCCACAAAAUCUCACAAGCGCAUUUCGAGAUGGCCAUCAAAGGGUGUUGCUCGGUGGUCAAGUACCUGGUGGUGCUGGUUAAUUUGCUGUUUUGGGUCGCAGGGUUUUUGAUCGUUUCGUUAGCCAUCUGGAUGCUGUCGGACCCAACCUUCCUGAUAUCGAUGACCCAAUCCGAACAGAACUACACGAUCGGUUUGUACAUCUUUCUCGCUGUCGGCAUACUGAUGCUCGUUGUCGCCUUCCUCGGGUGCUGUGGUGCAUUUAAGGAAUCGCAAUGGAUGCUAACCUUGUUCUUCUGCUGCCUGUUGAUGGUGCUUGUUGCUGAGCUGGCUGCCGGUGCUUGGGCAUUCCAAAACUCGGACAAACUGGUCAAUGUGGUCCGGUCGGCGGUGAAGGAUGUGGUGCAGACCAAGUAUGGUGUUAUACCGACCCGUACGGCCACGAUGGAUGCUUUCCAGAAGCAUUACAAAUGCUGCGGUGCGGAAGGAUGGAACGAUUGGCAAUCGAGUGCCUUCAACAAUGCGGACCGGUCAGCGCUGAGCAUCGAAAUCUCCACCAAACCUGCCAGCUACAAGGUGCCGGAAACCUGCUGCGUAUCCAACAUAACGCCGGAACAGUGCAAAAAGGCGACGCACAUGGAGCAUCUUGUAUCGAGCCUAGCGCGACCGGAUCUUUUCGAGGAUGGAUGCAUGGAAAAGUUGGUCGAGGCAGUGGAGGACAACAUGAAGCUGAUCUGCUACAUCGGUGCUGCCAUCGUAGGUAUCGAGCUGCUGACACUGAUACUUGCUCUUCUGCUGCGCUGCGCUAUCCGCCGGAAAGAUAACUACAAGCACUAAAGCACUAAAUAUUAGAAGAAGUGCACACACACACACACAAACACGGGUGCGAUUGCGCGAACGUCGAUCUGCAAACAAACAAACAAAACAAUCAAAUGUGCUUCUUAGUCCCCGGUUUGCGCAUACAUCGUAUUUAUAUAUGUAUUCAUAUACUUUUUUUUUACUUAACUAAAUCCUCCAACUAGAACGUAGAUCUAAUAACAAAUGGCCAUGACAAAGCUUUUAUUUUGUUUUUUUUGUUUAGUUUAUUAUUAUAAUGAAUACGGAAACAAAUACUAAAACUCAUUAGCUUAUCUCUCGAUAUCUGAUAAUGAAUACAUAACACAAAAGGCAACUUAUUAAAUGUAUUUUUUAUAACAUGAAAUAUGAAAUAUUCAUAUACAUCUUUUUUAGCACUUAACGAACUCCCCCGACUUAGAACAUAGAUCUGAUAACAAAUGGCCAUGACAAAGCUUUUAUUUAAUUUUAUUUCCGUAAUGAAUACGAACUUAUACUAAAACACUCGUGUUAGUUUAUCUUUCGAUUUUCUAAUAAUUAAUGCAUAACAAAACACAAAACAAAACUUCUUAUUAAAUGUAAUUUUCUUCUUUUUUUGACAUGAAAACAAAAAUUGCGCGCACAAAACCCCGCUGCGUUGAGAUUAACACGGUGUGUCCUCCCCCAAAGCCAAAUAUAUGCAUCUAUAUAUAUGCAUACAUAUAUAUUUUGAUGUUCUAUGAAACAAAAAAAAACAAAAAAAAAUGCGAACAAACAAUGAAAUAUAUAUAUGAAAUUUAUAUAAUCUACGAAAACAAAAAAAAAGAAAGAGAGAAAGGGUUCUUCGAUCCUUAGUAAGCACGACCGUCAGUGCAGGUAAUACAAAACAAAACUUAUGGAAUAUAAAUAUAUAUAUUAUAUAACUUUUUUUUGUCACUGCUCGCCGAGUCCGUAGCCUAGUUACCGUUGUACUUUAACGAAAAAAAAAAAACAAAUGAAAACAAACCGCAAACAAUGGCCAACUCAAUACACUCUUUUGAGUGCGCGAGAUAUCCAUACAUACACGCGAAACAAAUGGAAUGAAAGUCACACAUACAUGCAACAAGCAAACAAAAAAAUCGUACAUACAGCACAAUUCUUCGUACAAAGCCAAGAACAUAGGAUGAAAAAAAAACGAAAAAAUUACAAAUCAGGUUGUUUGAUAUCGAAAUAUGGUCUAACGUCUAGAAAUUGAUUGUGUUCUCUAAAGUUUAAGGAGCAAUAAAGUUUUAUUUUAUACUCAUUUCAA